UUCAGUUUUUAAAUUCAAUAUGGCGUCCGCAUUUUUGACAAGACGUGUUCUGCAUUUUUUCAGGAUUUUCACAAGUGAAGAUAUAUUAAUGAAAAGAAACGUACUAAGAUGUUUCAGUUCUGUUGGGAAUACAUCUUAUUCUUCAGAAGAAAAAACUAAGUUAGUGAUUCAUGCUGAUGAUGGUACUUGGGCAGCAAAAGUUCACCCUGAAAUAGCAGAAAUUUUGGARAAAUCUCGACCUAAGUUGGUUGGCAACAACUGGCAUAAGCCAAAACUUAGUGCAAGACGAGUAGCAGAACUGAGAAAGAAGUAUGUUGCAAAAGGGUACUACUGGCCACUUAAGCCUCUUGUUGACAGAAAAUUAGACAAAACUCCAAAAGGACACAGAUAUGAAAGAGAAAAAGAAACAAAAUUGGCACAAAUAGAAGAAAAUAUGAGAAAGAUGCCAAAAAUUAUAGAAGAAUAUAGAAAGAAGAUGCGAGAACAAAGAGCUAAACGUAGAGAAGAGAGAAAGAUAUCGUCCAUGAAAGCAUUAGAAGCCAAGAAGGCUGGAAUUCAUCCCAAAGACACACGAGCAUUGGCAAACCAACAAGCCAAGAAUCAACUURGAAAAAAAAGCAGAUAAAAUAAUAUCAUCAUUAAGAUGGAAAUGGCGAUACUCACCUACAGUGCUGAGGGUGAUGAAGCAAUAGUAAAAUGAUUCAAACAAACUCCACCCCUCCCCUACUGAGAAGAACAAAGCACCAAGACACAGGUAUCCCAGACAGAUCAAUGAGAAGUGUUUCAAGCCAAGCUUCAGCUCGGGAAUUCCGUCGAGUUGAGGGGAUAUGUCGUCGUUUUUCUUUUGCUGGGUUAUUUUGGCUUCUCGCUUCCUUAUAUGGUACUCUGCAUGACACGUGUGUAUUACACUAAAGAAAACAGAAUAAAAUAAUGAUUGAAUGACAUCAU